UUCGGCCGCGACUCGACGACGCGGAACGUGACGAACUCGCUGUAUUUGGUCACCUUCCUCGCGUCGACGCUCUACUCGUUCUGGUGGGACGUCGCGCAGGACUGGGGCCUGGGCAUGGCGACGCAGAACCCCUGCUCUAAGGCCUACGCGCCCCUGCGCCGGCGCCUCGCGGCGCCGCGGUGCGUCUACUACGUCGCGACGAUCUUCGACUUCUUCGGCCGCUUCGUGUGGACGCUGACGCUCGUGAGCCAGCGGUCGAGCCCCUGGAUGGUCUACGUGACGCCCUUCCUCGCGCCCCUCGAGAUCCUGCGCCGCGCGUCCUGGAUGUUCUUCCGGCUCGAGCACCAGCAGUUCCACAACCUGGACCGCUACGCGAACAUGGACUGGGUG